GAAAAAACCUACUACGAGUAUAGUAUUUGUGUGUGGGAACUUGAAAGUCCCUUCCUGCUUUUCACUCCCACUCGAAAUCUCCAUUUCCCUCCACGCGCGCACACACCCUCUCUCACUAUACAUAAAGAUCCAUAGAGUAUUUAGCUGCCUCUGCUCUUAGGGGUACUUACUUCUUGAUAAUAAUAUUAAGCAUACACAGUUAACGCGCUAUCAAAGACAAACAGAUUCGCACAGAAAGAGAGAGAAAGGGGAAGUGAAUGUCUGCAGGUUUCUCUGAAAUGGAUGCCACUGAGUCAAAGUCACAGCCCCGACCAUUUUCAAUAAAGCUGUGGCCCCCUAGUCAGAACACAAGGCAAAUGCUUGUGGUUCGUGUUACUGACAAUCUCACUACUAAGUCGAUUUUCACCCAGAAAUAUGGCAGUCUGAGCAAGGAGGAGGCUGAGGAGAAUGCAAAAAAAAUCGAAGAUGGUGCUUUUUCUACUGCAAAUGAACACUAUGAAAAGGAGCCAGAUGGUGACGGAAGUUCUGCAGUACAGCUUUAUGCCAAGGAAUGCAGCAAGCAAAUCUUGGAAGUUCUCAAAAGAGGCCCUUCUAGUAAGGACGACAAAGAAGUUUUGGUGUCCGAAGAAGUUAGUGCACCCCGUGACACCGUGUUUGAUAUAUCUAAAGGUGCGCGAUCCUUUAUUGAGGAGAAGGAGGCCGAGGAAACACUUGAGCCAUUAAAAGAGCCAGGAAAUUCUUACACUAAAAUAUGCUUUAGCAAUAGAAGCUUUGGUCUAGAAGCAGCUCGUGUUGCUGAACCCAUUCUGGCCUCCAUUAAGAAUCAGCUGAAGGAAGUUGACCUGUCAGAUUUUAUUGCUGGAAGACCAGAGGCAGAAGCACUUGAAGUAAUGAAUAUAUUCUCCACUGCUUUGGAAGGUAGCAUUCUCAAGUCCUUGAACCUUUCAAAUAAUGCCUUGGGUGAGAAGGGUGUUAGGGCUUUUGGGGCACUCCUUAGGUCACAGAGUUGCUUAGAGGAGCUCUACUUAAUGAACAAUGGCAUCUCAGAGGAAGCUGCUGAAGCGGUCUGUGAAUUAAUUCCUUUGACAGAGAAGCUUAGGGUUCUUCAGUUUCAUAACAAUAUGACUGGAGACAAAGGAGCACUUGCCAUCUCUAAGGUUGUGAAGCGCUCUCCCUUACUGGAAGAUUUUCGAUGUUCCUCCACAAGGGUAGGCUCUGAAGGAGGAGUUGCCUUAUCAGAAGCUCUUGACACUUGCACCCAUUUGAAGAAGCUUGAUUUGCGAGACAAUAUGUUUGGAGUGGAAGCAGGAGUUGCUCUGAGUAAAGCUCUUUCCAAAUAUGCUGGUUUGACAGAAGUUUAUUUGAGCUAUCUUAAUUUGGAAGAUGAAGGUGCCAUGGCUAUAGCUAGAGCUCUAAAGGAAUCAGCUCCCUCACUGGAAGUCCUGGAUAUAGCUGGAAAUGACAUAACAGCUGAAGCUGCUCCUAUUGUAGCUGCUUGUAUAGCAGAGAAGCAACAUCUUACCAAGUUGAACUUGGCUGAAAAUGAACUCAAGGAUGAAGGUGCUAUCCAGAUCAGUAAGGUCUUGGAAGAAGGCCAUCUCCAGCUGAAGGAAGUUGAUAUGAGCAUCAAUUCUAUACGAAGGGCUGGGGCUCGAGUCUUGGCAAGGGUAGUGGUGCAGAAGCCUGAGUUUAAAUUUCUGAAUAUUGAUGGGAAUUUUAUUUCAGAUGAAGGCAUUGAUGAGGUGAAGGAAAUGUUUGAGAAAUUCCCAGAUAGGCUUGGAUCCUUUGAUGAGAAUGAUCCUGAAGGAGGUGAUGAUGAGGAAGAGUCUGGAGAAGGUGAAGGUGAUGAGCAUGAGUUGGAAACGAAACUGGAGAAACUUGAAGUUAACAAAGAGGAAUAAAAUUGUGCUUUAUUUUAGUAUUUUUCUUUAGCAGAUUCUGUUUCAUUAGUAGUUAUCUUUGGCACACAUUGAUGUAGGAGACAGUGACAGCAUUUUGGAUUGACUGUUCUCUUGAAUCGUAGCUUGCAUGACCAGGACAGUUGCUGUGAGCUAUGAUCGGCAUCAAAUCAUAAUUGAUGUUGUCUGUAGCAUAGGUUUAGGGAGAUCUUUCCAUGUUUCCGUAUCAUCCUUGUAUCACAUUUUGUCCGUCUGGGGCUUCCAGAGUAGUUGAUUAAAAUGUGACGGCACUCUAUAGUGGAUAAUAAUGCCCAGACUUUCAAUUUCUGUUCUCCA